AUGCCUUGCUUUUCUCCUCUCUGUGUCUCGGCAUGGAGACGUGUGCGAGGACUCCUGAAGAAGCCGAAGGGCGCGUCGAGGGUCGCCUCCCGGAACCAGUCGUCCACAACAGAAAUCCCUCCUACCAUUCAGCCCAAGCCUAAGGACGACGGUGUUGACGGUGUCUACAGCCCCCCACGGUCUUUGGUCUGCGACUACUGCUGGUCUCAAGGCCUCUUCGCCCCCGGACCCUUCCAGCAAGCAUGGAUCUCCCAGACGUCCUUCAAGGAUUUUUCGACCGCUACUACCUGGGCUCAAGUCGAAGCUUCCGCGUCCCAGGGAUGUCAGUGGUGUAAGUUAUUACUUUCCACGAGAACCGAAGCCGUACUACAGGACGACCUCCGCUACACGGUUGGCUUCCGCAUCGACUCCAGCAGGAACGGCGCCACCCCAAAGGGUGUCCAGACGUUGAAGCUGACGAUAGACGACACCCCUCACUCUGCUUACUAUGUGUACACGGAUCGCGAAAACCCUGCCACUCCGCUAAUCGCAGCGAGACCCAAGGUGCUGGAGCUCAGCCAGCCCCCAACGUAUAUCAUGGCCACCAACGUUCUCAUCGACUGCAUUCGUUCCCACGAACAAUGCCCCAACCCUCACAGCGUCAGCCUCCCGACUCGUGUCGUUGACUGCUCUGAUCCUCAGAAUCCCAAGCUGCGCAUCGGCUAUGGAGAGAAGGCGCCAUACGCUGUGCUCAGCUACGUCUGGGGAGAAGGCCAGGCGCACUGCACGACCUCGGAGAACGUGGAAGCGUACACGCUCGGGAUCAACCUCGACGACCUUCCCCAGACGAUCAAGGACGCCAUCUCGUCCACGCAUUCGCUCGGACUCCGCUAUCUGUGGGUCGACGCGCUAUGCAUCUUACAAGAUUCCAGGGAGGACAAGGCCCGCGAAGUUGCGAUCAUGCGAACUACCUUCAGGAACGCGUACUUGACCCUUGUCGCGGCCAACGCCAAGCGUGUCAGCGAAGGCUUCUUGCAAGACCGUCCCCUUUCAUCGCCCCCCGACAUCCCUCUUCCCUUCCGCUUCCCGGAUCACCAAGUUGGCUCGUUCUGGCUCUCUCCCGCAUGGCGUCAGUACGAUGGCUCGACGGAGCCCGUCAAUCGACGCGCAUGGUGCCUCGUCGAACGUUUGCUCUCCCCGAGGGUGCUGCUCUACGCAUCGCACACCCUCCAGUUCCAGUGCCAGUCAUCCGUCGUCAACAUCGGGAACGCCGUUUGCCCUCCCCGCACCCUAUGGCGCCUCCCGGAUCUCCUGUUCCAAGCCGACGCCGAUAUGUCCAAACCGUUGUCCCAAGAAGACAAGAAGACGCUGUACUACGCCUGGAACGAGGCGAUCGGAGAGUACACCCACCGCGCGCUCACCGACCCCGGGGACAAGUUGCUCGCGUUCGCCCCGAUCGCGGAGCUCUUCCAGCGCGCGCUCAAGUCGGACUACCUCGCCGGGGUCUGGGCGGACAACGUCGUGGACGGCCUGCUCUGGUACAAGAACUCCGGGACGCGCCAGCGACGGCCCGAUGCGUACCGGGCACCCUCCUGGUCGUGGGCAUCGGUCGACGGGAGGGUGAUGGCGCAGACGGUCGACGACCGGCUCGACGGCGCGGCGAAGGGCACCGAGUCGUGCGAAGUAAUGGCGUGUGAGACCACGAUCCUGACCGAGCUCCUGCCGCUCGGCGAAGUCAUCGACGGCACGCUCACCGUGCGCGCGGUGAUCGUGGCGGCAACGUGGAACCCCGAGUCCUCGAUGCCCGAGGUGUACCUGCAGCCGUCGGUCGGCAUGCCCGGGUCGAUGCCCGGUACGGCGCAAGCGGGGCCGUCGACGAUGCUGGAGUCGCCGCUGGAGCUGAUCCAUAUUGGCUCGGCGUACCCUGACAGCGUGGAGAACGUGCAUGAGGUGUGGGCGGUCCCGCUGCGGUGGAACACGACGACGGAAUAUGCGGCGGGCCUGAUCGUCGCGCGCGCAAGCAGCAACGAGGACGAGACUAAGUUCCGACGAGUGGGGUACUUCCGCACGUCGGAGAGCGCGCCUCUCUGGGGCCUGUGUUGGAUGAGCGACAGGGAGGCGCAAGAGGUGGUCCUAGUGUAG